AUGGGCGCAGCGGGGUCGCGCGAGGUGUGGGUGGUAAUGCCGGACGGCCGCGCGGAGAGCUUCCGCGAGCCAAUCACCGUCGCGCAGCUGCUGGCGCAGCACCCGGGGUAUCUCGUGUCGCAGCCUGACCUGCCCGGGAAUCCUGGCGAGAAUCACGGCGCGAAUCGCGGGCGGCGGUGGAACCUGCCAGCGGAAGAGGUGCUGCGGCUCGGCGAGAUGUACGUGCUGCACUCCGCGGAGCUAGCGAGCGUCGAAGACGUGUUUGCUGACGUGGCGAAUCGCGUGCAGACUAGGGGCCAGGCACCGCGGCAGCCGCGCAAGGCUCGCGGAGGCCAUUCGCGCUCCAAGUCCGCCUCUCUCGUCGACGGCGGUACGCGCGGGGGAACUGAACACGCGGAGUGGCAGGAUGCCGUACUUACCGCCGCGACUCACGGCGCUGGCGCUGCCGGAAAGCACAAGGGAAGCCGACCGCGGAGGACGCGCGCAUCGGCGGGAGAAGGGGCGCUGGCGGAGUCUCAGAGCCCGGAAAACGACACGCGGCAGGACGGAGCUGUCUACGCCAACGCAGUCGUUGCGGCUGUAGCCGCGGAAAGCGCCCUCCAGGGCUCCGCGGGUUGCGGCGCCAGAAGCCUCCCCCACAGCCCCUCAUCCUCCCCCUCACCCCCGCUCUCCCCUUGCCUUUCCCCUCCCCGCGCUCGGCCCGGCCAGCGUCACGCGCGCGGGCUUCCCCCCCGCGUUACGUCGCGUCUGGCGCAAGCGCACGGGCACGGCAGGCGCGCAUCCAUAAGCGCGCUCCCCGUGGAGGAGGGAGGGGGGGGAAGCCGGGCGGAGAUACGAACAGGCAUUGGGGAGCAGCGUCGAGCGGGUUACCAAGUAACGAGCGGAAUGUUGUUUGGAAUCUCGGAUGGUGAUAGCAGCGACGGAUCAAUGAUGCUGACGUCACCAAAGAUUGACAUCUCGGAUGUGAUUGGCUACAAGGUGUCCCCUGUGUCGUCACCUGAGGCCGAAGGGAAAGGUAAGGGCGGCAUCGAUGCGUGGGAUGCAGAAGGGGGGCGUGGGCGCGGAAAGCAUGGGCGGGGGGGAAACGGGAGAAGAGAGCAGACGCGUGGGCGCGCCCAGGCGCAAGCACAUGCGCGCGACUCCCGCGAGAUUGCUGGUGCCGCCUGCGGCAGCGGCGGGUUCAGCGCGGAUGGGGAACUCCCUCACUCCGCUCCCUUCCUGGCGGGCGGCACUGGCGCGGGUGGCACGGGGAGAGAGGCGGGGCAACGAGGGCGGGCGCGGGCAGGAGAGAGGGGGGUGGCGGGGCAAGUGAGGGGGCGGGGGGAGGUCUCAGCUGCGCUGCUGGCGCAUCUUCACUGGGAGAACGUGGCGGAGAGUGGGGGGAGGAGGGCGGUGAGGGGAGGGAGGCCAGUGGGGCGCAGUGUAUCCGCGGAGGAGGAGGGGGGACCGAUUGUGAGAGCCAGGAGGGAGGGUUGGAGUGUGGGAGAGGUGUGGGAAGAGAGAAGGGAGGAGGAGGAGGAGGAGGAGGAGGAGGAGGAGGAGGAGGAGGAGGAGGAGGAGGAGGAGGAGGAGGAGGAGGAGGAGGAGGAGGAGGAGGAGGAGGGGAGGGGGGACGAGGAGGAGGAAGAAGAGGAGGGAGGGAUGAAGGGAGAAGAGGGGGGGAAGCAGCCACAGGCGGAAAGGGAUGGGCGGUUGGGGGUGGCGAAUGGAGAGGGGGAAGGCAGAGGGGCAGGUGAGGGGGGGGAAGCAGGGAAGGGGCAGGCGAGGGGGAGUGUGGAAGGCAGGCGCAAGGGUAGGCGGGGAAAAGCAGAGACGCAGGCGAGAGGAGAGGCUGGGGGAAAGGGAGAUGGAGAUGCGGGCAUGGCUGCUGGUGAUAUGCAGCGCGGUAGCAGGGCGGGCGGGGGCAAGGGAGGAAAGGGGAGAAGAGAUGGGAGUGGGGGACGAGGGGGAAGGGGCGAAGCAGGUGGAGAAGAUAAGGCAGGAGAGAGUGUGGGCGAGUAUGUGCGAUCAGCGUCAAUGCAAUCGGAGGUGUUGCUGCGGUCACCCGACAUGCUGGCAGACAUGCCCCAGCUGCGCGCCGAUAGGGGACCCGGGCGCGCAGCAGUAGCAGGAGGGCCGCUGGGAACAGCAGGAAAAAGGGCAGGAGGCGCAGCAGGGGGAGCAGCAGCGGGGGGAGCAGGGGGAGGAGGUUCGGGAGGGGCUGGGGAGAAGAGCAAGGGGGCGCCGCGGCGGCGCAAGAAUUCAUUCGUGGAUGAGGAGUUUGGAACGAUUCUAGAGGAGUUCAUGCCGGUGGUGAGCGGUGGGGGGCGUGUGGGAGGGGGUGCAUGCCACAGCAAGGCACUGGUGACUGCCCUGGCUGCUGCUGCUGCUACCCCUACACUGCUGCACACACCUAGCGGGAGACUGCUGCCUUCCCCCAGUGGCAGGCUGCUGCACACCCCCAGUGGCCGCCUCGUGCCCAACCCUGCUGCUCCCAGCGACACUGGCAACAGCAGAUGA